AGCCUCCGUUUCCUCAUUUAUAAUUAAAAAAAUUCAAAAUUAAUCAGUAUAAUUGUUUUUUCUGAUUUUUUGUUAACCAACUUCUGUGAACACGAAAUUAUGGUAAAUAGAGAAAAGCCCAAAACUAGAGCCCAACCAUCCCUUACUUUGCCCUAGCAGUCGACCUUUUGUACAUUGUCAUCAUCCUCCAGUGUAUACACUGUAACGCUGUGGUGGUGGCUACGUUGAGAACUGAUAAAAUUGCCUUCCUAAGAGACAGAGCAGGCAACAGAAAUAAUGGCGGAGGAGGCGAUAUUGGGGUAUUUAGAAAACAACGAAGAAAUCUCAGAUUCAGGCCAAUUCGCAGCUGAAAAAGGGUUAGACCACACUGAGAUUGUCAAUGUCCUCAAAAGCCUUUUCGGUUUUCGCUUCGUCGACGUCCAGGAUAUCAAGAGAGAGACAUGGGUGCUUACUGACGAAGGUAGAAAGUAUGCUGACGAAGGAUCACCUGAAGUUCAGCUGUUCUUGGCUGUGCCACCUGAGGGUAGCAUCUCAAAGGAUGAGUUGCAGAAAAAGCUUGACCCUGCAGUUUUCAAAAUAGGGUGCUCACAGGCUGGAAAAAAUAAAUGGGUGGAAAUGGGAAAGCAAAUAUCGAGGAAGGUUCAAAAUGUCGAAGACAAAGUAAAGCACCUGCUUUUGCAGAUUCGAGAUGGGAAGGAAAUUGACAAAGAUGGUAUCAACUCUCUGAAAGCAAGAAAGCUUAUAGUUCUACAGACAUGGAAAGGCUACUCGGUGAGAAAAGGUCCUAAUUAUGCACCAAAGAGAAAGAAACCAGCGACUGAUUUGACUCGAGAGAAUCUACAGAGGGGCGAUUGGAAGGAACUAGAGUUUAAGGAGUAUAACUUCAAUGCUAAGGGUCCACCAGCUGAAUGUGGCCAUCUUCAUCCACUCAACAAGGUAAAAGACCGACUGAAGGACAUAUUUCGUCAACUAAACUUUGAGGAAAUGCCUACAAAUAGAUAUGUUGAAAGCAGCUUCUGGAAUUUUGAUGCACUAUUCCAGCCACAGCAGCAUCCUGCCCGUGAUUCACAUGAUACAUUUUUUUUACAAGUUCCUUCAACUACAAAGCAACUGCCAGAAGAUUAUGUUGAGCGAGUGAAGCAGGUUCAUGAGUCCGGAGGAUAUGGGUCAAGAGGAUAUGGGUAUGAUUGGAAAAGAGAUGAAGCAAACAAAAAUCUUUUGCGAACUCACACAACAGCAAUUUCCUCUCGGAUGCUUUAUGCACUAGCGCAGCAUGCAAAAGAGCAAACUUUUACCCCAAAAAGAUACUUCUCGAUUGAUCGUGUUUUCAGAAAUGAAGCAGUAGAUCGUACUCAUCUAGCGGAGUUCCAUCAGAUAGAAGGCUUGGUGUGCGAUCGAGGGCUUACUUUGAGUCACUUGAUUGGGAUCCUGGAAGACUUCUUUUCACGACUGGGCAUGUCAAAGCUGCGCUUUAAGCCUGCUUACAAUCCGUACACGGAACCUAGCAUGGAGAUUUUUAGCUAUCAUGAAGGCUUCGGGAAAUGGGUGGAGAUUGGAAAUUCUGGCAUGUUCAGGCCUGAAAUGUUGCAACCGAUGGGAUUCCCAGAAGAUGUUAGCGUUAUUGCUUGGGGCCUUUCACUGGAGAGACCAACGAUGAUAUUAUAUGGAAUUGAUAAUAUCCGAGAUCUGUUUGGACACAAGGUGGAUCUUAGUCUAAUGAAGAAAAACCCUCUGUGCCUCAUCGGGAUUCGGUAGAGUGUGGAUUGCUUCUUUUCUUUUUGCCCCCUUAAAUCAUCUAUUUUAAUCUGAGAAAAAGCUGAAUCAGUUUACUCAAGGGGAAAUUGGGAUGUAAUCAGACAUGUACCUGGCUCAGUAUUCUUUUGACAUCACCAUAAUGUCGAUGGCAUUGUAUUGCACUACACAACAAUGUAUUCUAACUCUAAUGCAGUUCUCAAGUGUUCUCUGCUCUCUA